AUAUAUAUAUAUUUCCUGCAUGCAAUCUUUCUUUCUCGCUUAAGAAGGGCUGAACCCCCUCCUCUCCCCUCCCCAGCCUUUGCCGCUGCUGGGUUUUCUCAUCUCCUGGGCUGGGAGGGAGAGAGGAGGAGAGGGGCUUUUUCCUGGCCGUCGCCCCCCCUCCCGGUUCUGCUUCAGUGGAUGGUGAAAGAAUUGAAGACCCUCGGAAGGAGAGAGUGAAGAAGAGGUGGGGACGGUGAGCAGCUACGGAGACGAAACAGCCGCUGCAACCGUGCGUCUUUCGUGGACUAUCUGGCAACCUGGUCUUAUUUUUUUUAUUUUUUUUAAAAAAAAUAUUUUUGCACAAACAUGCUGCCCCACAGAGUAGAAGUGGGGCUGUGGCUGCUUUUACUAGGAAUUUUGCACAUGCUAAUAGGGAUCGCCCCUGUUUUUACCCUUGAAGUAGAAGACUCAAUCAAAGCGAAACCUCCCAAUUCCCCGCGUGCGGAGUGGGUGAUGCAUCCUAGACCUACACCGCCCAAAGGGAGAGACCCGAACGCUUGGAACCGGCUGAAGGACCAGUCUUUUGGUCCACAUAGCAGGGUGUCGAUAUGCCAUCCAAACUAUUACAACUGCCUGGGGACUGAUCGUUGCAUACCCAUGACAAAGCUUUGCAAUGGCGAACGUGACUGCGCAGAUGCUUCAGAUGAAGGCGCACACUGUAGAGAGUUUCUGGCAAACUGUUCAACUAUGGGCUGCCAACACCAUUGUGUCCCAACUCUGAGUGGACCAACAUGCUAUUGUAACAGUUCCUCCCAGGUAGCUGAAGAUGGGAAAAGUUGCAAAGAUUUUGAUGAGUGUUCUAUUUAUGGUACCUGUAGCCAAACCUGCACUAACCAUAAUGGCUCCUACACAUGCAGUUGCGUUGAGGGAUAUCUGCUCCAGCCUGAUCACAAAUCUUGCAAAGCCAAGAAUGAACCAGUAGAACGACCACCCAUCCUACUCAUUGCCAAUUCUCAGAACAUCAUGGCUACCUACCUGAAUGGUGGGCCUGUCCCUAACAUCAGCCCAACUAGCACCAAACAGACUACUGCCAUGGAUUUCAACUAUAUAGAAGAUACAGUCUGCUGGAUCCAUGUUGGUGACAGUCCCUCCCAGACGGUCCUCAAAUGUGCCAAAAUCCCUAACCUCAAAGGGUUUGUUGAGGAAUGGACUAUCAACAUCUCUCUCAACUUGCAUCAUGUGGAACAAAUGGCUAUUGACUGGCUUACUGGCAACUUCUACUUUGUGGAUGACAUUGAUGACCGGAUAUUUGUCUGCAACAAGAGUGGGGUCACCUGUGUUACACUGCUUGACGCGGAACUCUACAAUCCUAAAGCCAUUGCACUGGAUCCAACAAUGGGGAAGCUGUUCUUCACUGACUAUGGACAGAUACCAAAGGUGGAACGCUGUGACAUGGAUGGGCAGAACCGUACAAAGCUGGUCGACACCAAAAUUGUUUUCCCCCAUGGAAUCACCUUGGACUUGGUCAAUCGGCAUGUUUAUUGGGCUGAUGCUUACCUCGACUACAUUGAAGUGGUGGACUACGAAGGAAAAAACCGGCACACAAUCAUCCAGGGUAACUUGAUAGAGCAUCUCUACGGCUUGACUGUCUUUGAGAAUUACCUGUAUGCCACCAAUUCCGACAAUGCCAAUACUCAGCAGAAAACUAGUGUCAUCCGGGUCAAUCGUUUCAACAGUAGUGACUUCCAAGUGGUUACACGGGUGGAUAAAGGCGGAGCUCUACAUGUCUAUCACCAACGACGGCAAUCCCAAGUGAGGAGCCAUGCCUGUGAAGUGGACCAGUUUGGAAAACCAGGAGGCUGUUCUGACAUCUGUCUUCUUGGAAACAGUCACAAGACGCGGACCUGCCGGUGCCGUUCAGGAUUCAGCCUUGGCAGCGAUGGGAAGUCCUGCAAAAAGCCAGAGCAUGAGCUUUUCCUUGUCUAUGGCAAAGGUCGGCCAGGCAUCAUUCGUGGAAUGGACAUGGGAGCCAAAGUGCCUGAUGAACACAUGAUCCCCAUUGAAAACUUGAUGAACCCCAGAGCUCUCGAUUUCCAUGCAGAGACCGGCUUCAUUUACUUCGCUGACACUACCAGCUACCUGAUUGGACGGCAGAAAAUUGAUGGAACAGAUAGGGAAACAAUUCUGAAAGACGGCAUUCAUAACGUAGAAGGCAUUGCUGUGGACUGGAUGGGGAAUAAUCUCUACUGGACUGAUGAUGGACCCAAGAAAACCAUCAGUGUUGCCCGGCUGGAAAAAGCUGCUCAGACUAGGAAGACACUCAUUGAAGAAAGGAUGAUUCAUCCGCGAGCCAUUGUGGUGGAUCCCUUGAAUGGAUGGAUGUACUGGACAGAUUGGGAAGAAGACCCAAAGGACAGUAAAAGAGGAAAGAUAGAAAAGGCCUGGAUGGAUGGCACCAACCGCAGUGUCUUCAUCACCUCCAAGACUGUGCUGUGGCCCAACGGGCUGAGCCUGGACAUUCCCUCUAAGAGUUUGUACUGGGUUGAUGCCUACUACGACCGGAUUGAGACAGUCAUGCUGGAUGGCACAGAACGCAAGGUUGUUUAUGAUGGAAGUGAGUUGAGUCAUGCCUUUGGAUUGUGCCACUAUGACCAUUUCCUCUUCUGGACAGAGUACCGAAGUGGUAGCAUCUUUCGUUUGGACCAGAACACUAAGAGUGUUACACUGUUGCGCAAUGAACGACCACCACUUUUUGAGAUUCGCAUGUACGAUGCUCAGCAACAGCAAGUUGGCUCUAACAGUUGCCGGGUGAACAAUGGAGGCUGCAGCAGUCUUUGCUUGGCUAUCCCAAAUGGCAGACGUUGUGCCUGUGCAGAAGACCAGAUUUUGGGACCAGAUUCUGUCACUUGCCAAGCCAAUCCAUCUUACGUUCCACCUCCACAGUGCCAGCCUGGGGAAUUUGCUUGCAAAAACAGUCGAUGUAUACAGGAGCGAUGGAAAUGUGAUGGAGACAAUGACUGCCUGGACAACAGUGAUGAGGCACCUGAACUCUGCCAUCAGCAUACAUGUCCUUCGGACCGCUUCAAAUGUGAGAACAAUCGUUGCAUCCCCAACCGAUGGCUGUGUGAUGGGGAUAAUGAUUGCGGCAACAAUGAAGAUGAAUCUAAUUCCACAUGCUCUGCUCGCACGUGUCCCACCAACCAGUUCUCCUGUGCCAGUGGCCGUUGCAUCCCUAUCUCUUGGACCUGUGACUUGGAUGACGAUUGCGGGGAUCGCUCUGAUGAAUCAGCCUCAUGUGCCUACCCAACUUGCUUCCCUCUGACCCAGUUUACUUGCCACAAUGGCCGCUGCAUCAACAUCAAUUGGAGAUGUGAUAAUGACAACGACUGUGGGGACAACAGUGAUGAAGCUGGCUGCAGCCAUUCCUGCUCCAGCAACCAGUUCAAAUGCAACAGCGGGCGCUGCAUUCCUGUCCAUUGGACCUGCGAUGGGGACAAUGACUGCGGGGACUACAGUGAUGAGACUCAUGCCAACUGCACCAAUCUGGCUACCCGCCCACCAGGAGGCUGCCAUACAGAUGAGUUCCAAUGCCGACUGGAUGCCCUCUGCAUUCCCAUGCGCUGGCACUGUGACGGCGACACUGACUGUAUGGACUCUAGUGAUGAGAAGAACUGUGAGGGUGUCACUCAUGUCUGUGAUCCAAAUGUGAAGUUUGGCUGCAAGGAUUCCGCACGGUGCAUCAGCAAAGCUUGGGUAUGCGAUGGAGACAAUGAUUGUGAGGACAAUUCUGAUGAAGAGAAUUGUGAGUCUUUGGUGUGCAAACCACCCUCCCACACAUGUGCCAAUACAACAUCUAUCUGCCUCCCUCCUGAGAAGCUGUGCGAUGGAAAUGAUGACUGUGGGGACGGGUCUGAUGAAGGGCAACUCUGUGAUCUUUGCUCUCUGAGCAAUGGGGGCUGCAGCCACAACUGCACAGUAGCACCAGGCGAGGGCAUUGCCUGCUCGUGCCCUCUAGGAAUGGAGCUUGGUGCUGAUAACAAGACCUGCCAGAUUCAGAGCUACUGUGCCAAGCGUCUCAAGUGUAGUCAAAAGUGUGAGCAGUUCAAGUACAAUGUGAAGUGCUCUUGCUAUGAAGGAUGGAUGCUGGAGUCUGAUGGCGAGAGCUGCCGCAGUUUGGACCCGUUUAAGCCUUUCAUCAUCUUCUCCAAUCGCCAUGAGAUCCGGCGUAUUGACUUACACAAGGGAGAUUACAGCGUCUUAGUGCCUGGCUUGAGAAACACCAUUGCCUUGGACUUUCAUCUGAAUCAGAGCUCCCUCUAUUGGACUGAUGUAGUAGAAGACAAGAUAUACCGGGGGAAAUUGCAUGAGAAUGGAGCCCUAACCAGCUUUGAGGUGGUGAUACAAUAUGGGCUAGCUACCCCAGAAGGACUUGCUGUGGACUGGAUUGCAGGCAACAUCUACUGGGUGGAGAGCAACCUGGACCAAAUUGAGGUGGCUAAGCUAGACGGAACAAUGAGGAGCACCUUAUUGGCUGGGGAUAUCGAGCACCCUCGUGCCAUCGCCCUAGAUCCACGAUGCGGGAUUCUCUUCUGGACAGACUGGGAUGCCAGCCUGCCUCGCAUUGAGGCAGCUUCCAUGAGUGGCCAAGGCCGACGCGUCAUUCACAAGGAAACAGGCUCAGGCGGCUGGCCAAAUGGGCUCACAGUGGACUACCUGGAAAAGCGUAUACUGUGGAUUGAUGCCAGGUCAGAUGCGAUCUAUUCUGCCCUCUAUGACGGCACCGGGCACAUUGAGGUGCUGCGAGGCCAUGAGUAUCUGUCACAUCCCUUUGCUGUCACCUUGUACGGUGGAGAGGUGUACUGGACUGACUGGCGCACAAAUACCUUGGCCAAGGCUAACAAGUGGACAGGCCACAACGUUACGGUCGUGCAGCGAACCAACACACAGCCCUUUGAUUUGCAGGUCUACCACCCCUCUCGCCAGCCUGUAGCCCCCAAUCCUUGUGAGGCCAAUGGAGGAAAAGGCCACUGUUCCCACCUGUGUCUCAUCAACUACAAUGGCACUUACUCCUGUGCUUGCCCCCACCUGAUGAAGCUGGAUAAGGACAAUGCCACCUGCUAUGAAUUUAAGAAGUUCUUGCUUUAUGCACGCCAGAUGGAAAUCCGAGGUGUGGACAUUGACAACCCUUACUACAAUUAUAUUAACUCCUUCACUGUGCCUGACAUUGACAAUGUGACGGUGGUUGACUAUGAUGCUCUGGAACAACGCAUCUAUUGGUCAGAUGUCCGCACACAAACCAUCAAGCGGGCCUUCAUCAAUGGAACUGGCGUUGAAACGGUUGUUUCUGCAGAUUUACCCAACGCUCAUGGCUUGGCUGUGGACUGGGUCUCAAGGAACCUUUUCUGGACCAGCUAUGAUGCCAAUAAAAAACAGAUUAAUGUUGCCCGUCUAGAUGGCUCCUUUAAGAAUGCUGUGAUUCAGGGAUUGGAUAAACCUCAUUGUUUGGUGGUUCAUCCUCUCAAAGGGAAACUCUACUGGACAGAUGGAGACAGCAUCAAUGUCGCCAACAUGGAUGGAAGCAACCGCAGCUUUCUCUUCACAAACCAAAAAGGGCCUGUUGGACUCUCCAUUGACUACAAAGAAAACAAGCUAUACUGGAUAAGCUCUGGCAAUGGCACCAUCAAUAGAUGCAACUUCAAUGGCAGUGGUUUGGAGGUGUUGGAGACUAUGAAGAACCAGCUACGCAAAGCCACAGCAUUGGCUAUAAUGGGUGAUAAGUUGUGGUGGGCUGACCAGGCCUCUGAAAAAAUGGGCACCUGCAACAAGAAAGAUGGGUUGGAGGCAGUCGUGUUGCGCAACAGCACCACUCUUGUAAUGCACAUGAAAAUCUAUGAUGAGAUCAUCCAACAACAGGGUAUCAACCCUUGCAGUGUGAACAAUGGUGAAUGCUCACAGCUCUGCCUUCCUACAUCAGACACUACUCGUUCCUGCAUGUGCACAGCUGGCUACAGCCUGAAGAGCGAGCAGCAGUCCUGCGAAGGUGUUGGCUCUUUCCUCCUCUACUCGGUACAUGAGGGCAUCCGCGGCAUCCCAUUGGAUCCCAAUGACAAGUCUGAUGCACUGGUGCCAGUCUCUGGGACUUCAUUGGCUGUCGGCAUUGAUUUCCAUGCUGAUAAUGACACUAUCUAUUGGGUGGACAUGGGUAUGAGCACAAUCAGUCGAGCCAAACGGGACCAGACCUGGCGAGAGGAUGUCGUGACCAACGGCAUUGGCCGAGUGGAAGGGAUUGCCGUGGACUGGAUUGCAGGAAAUAUCUAUUGGACAGACCAGGGCUUUGAUGUCAUUGAAGUCGCCAGGCUCAAUGGUUCAUUCCGCUAUGUAGUGAUUUCACAAGGAUUGGAUAAGCCACGUGCCAUUACGGUACACCCAGAGAAAGGAUACCUUUUUUGGACAGAGUGGGGCCAAUACCCUCGCAUUGAACGUUCUCGGCUGGAUGGAACAGAGCGUGUGGUCCUUAUCAAUACCAGCAUCAGCUGGCCCAAUGGGAUUUCUGUUGAUUAUGAAGAUGGGAAGCUUUACUGGUGUGAUGCCCGGACAGAUAAGAUUGAACGCAUAGACCUAGAGACCGGUGAUAAGAGGGAGGUUGUCCUAUCCAGUAACAACAUGGAUAUGUUCUCAGUAUCUGUCUUUGAAGAUUAUGUCUACUGGAGUGACAGGACUCAUGCAAAUGGAUCCAUUAAAAGGGGCAGCAAGGACAAUGCAUCAGAAAUUGUGUCUCUGCGCACAGGAAUAGGAGUGCAGCUGAAGGACAUCAAGGUGUUCAACAGAGCCAGGCAAAAGGGUACCAAUGUGUGUGCGCUGAAUAACGGCAACUGUCAGCAGUUGUGUCUGUAUCGAGGAGGAGGUCAGCGGACCUGUGCUUGUGCCCACGGAAUGCUCUCAGAGGACAGUGUAAGCUGCCGUGACUACGAUGGAUACCUGCUCUAUUCAGAACGGACCAUUCUCAAAAGUAUCCACUUAUCCGAUGAGAACAAUCUCAAUGCGCCCAUUAAGCCAUUUGAAGACAGCGAGCACAUGAAAAAUGUCAUUGCCUUGGCCUUUGAUUACCGCUAUGGCAGCAAGGGAAGCAACCGCAUCUUCUACAGUGACAUUCACUUUGGCAACAUCCAGCAAAUCAAUGAUGAUGGAACUGGGCGAAGGACUAUAGUUGAAAAUGUUGGUUCUGUUGAGGGAUUGGCUUAUCACCGAGGCUGGGACGCCUUAUACUGGACAAGCUACACUACUUCUACCAUUACCCGGCAUACUGUGAACCAGACACGUGUGGGAGCUUUUGAAAGAGAAACUGUGAUCACCAUGUCUGGAGAUGACCAUCCUCGAGCCUUCGUGCUGGAUGAAUGCCAGAACCUGAUGUUCUGGACCAACUGGAAUGAACAACACCCCAGCAUCAUGCGAGCUACGCUGACAGGUGUCAACCUGAUCACCAUCAUUGACAAAGAUAUCCGCACACCCAACGGUCUGGCCAUUGACCACAAGGCAGAGAAAAUCUACUUUUCUGAUGCCACCUUGGACAAGAUAGAGCGAUGUGAAUACGAUGGCUCCAAACGAUACGUGAUCUUGAAGGCAGAGCCAGUGCACCCCUUCGGCUUGGCUGUCUAUGGUGACAAUAUCUUCUGGACAGACUGGGUGCGUCGUGCUGUGCAGCGUGCCAACAAAUAUAUGGGCUCUGGCAUGAAACACCUACGCAUUGAUAUCCCCCAGCAACCUAUGGGCAUCAUUGCUGUGGCCAAUGACACCAACAGCUGUGAGCUAUCUCUGUGCAGAAUAAACAAUGGUGGUUGCCAGGAUCUGUGCCUCCUUUCAGCCAAUGGAGAAGUCACAUGCUCUUGCCGGGGAGGCAGAACUCUUCAGGAGGACCUUACCUGCAGAGCUUCCAACUCCACCUGUAAUGUACAUAAUGAGUUUGAAUGUGGAAAUGGUGACUGCAUUGACUUCAGUGAAACCUGCGAUCGUGUGGCCCACUGCAAAGACAGAUCAGAUGAAAAGCCAUCCUACUGCAACAGCCGCAAAUGUAAGAAGGGCUACUUGCACUGUGCCAACAAACGGUGUAUACCCAUCAAGGACUGGUGCAACGGUGUGGAUGACUGUGGGGACAAUUCAGAUGAAGUGCCUUGCAACAAGACAAGCUGUGCUCCUGCUGAAUUCCGCUGCCGGGACGGGACAUGUAUUGGCAAUUCCAGCCGCUGCAACCAACAGAUUGACUGCGAAGAUGCUUCUGACGAAAUGAACUGCACUGCCACUGACUGCAGCAGCUUUUUCAGAUUGGGAGUGAAAAAUGUCAAUUUUCAGAAAUGUGAGCAUACCUCGAUGUGUUACGCUCCAUCCUGGGUAUGUGAUGGCAGCAAUGACUGUGGCGACUAUUCAGAUGAGCAGGAUUGUCCAGGCUCAAGAAAAUCUAAGUGCCCAGCUAACUACUUCGCCUGUCCAAGUGGGAGAUGCAUUCCCAUGACCUGGACUUGUGAUAAAGAGAAUGACUGUGAGAAUGGAGAGGAUGAAACCCACUGCAAUAAGUUCUGCUUCCCAGUGAAGUUCGAAUGCAAUAACCAUCGGUGCAUCUCUAAACAGUGGGUGUGCGAUGGUGCAGAUGACUGUGGUGAUGGCUCUGAUGAAGACCACCGUUGCCGUAAUACUACUUGUGCUGCAGGAAACUUCCAGUGCCCAAACACCUACCUGUGUGUCCCACAACGCUGGCUAUGUGAUGGAGAUAGAGAUUGUCCUGAUGGGGCUGAUGAAACUGUGGCUGCUGGAUGCUUAUACAACAACACUUGUGACGAACUGGAAUUUAUGUGCAACAACCGGCAGUGCAUCCCAAAACAUUUUGUGUGUGAUUACGAUGAUGACUGUGGCGAUGGGUCUGAUGAAUCCCCAGAUUGUGAGUACCCCACUUGUAGCGCCAACGAGUUCCGUUGUGCUAAUGGCCGCUGUUUGAGCAACAAACUCUGGGAAUGUGAUGGCGAGUUUGACUGCCAUGACCAAUCUGAUGAAGCCCCCAAGAAUCCAAGAUGUUCUAGCCCUGAGAGCAAGUGCAAUGAUACCUUUUAUCUCUGCCACAAUGAGCAGUGCAUCUCCAACAAUUUGCUUUGUGACAACAACGAUGACUGUGGUGAUGGCUCUGAUGAGCUGAACUGUUUCAUCAAUGAGUGCCUGAACAAGAAGCAGACUGGCUGCUCCCAGGAGUGUGAGGACCUCAAAAUUGGCUACAAGUGCAGAUGCCGCCCUGGGUUCCAGCUGAAGUAUGAUGGCAAGACUUGCAUUGACAUUGAUGAGUGCACAACCACCUUCCCCUGCAGCCAGAUUUGCAUCAACACUCAUGGAAGUUUCAAGUGCAUGUGUGCAGAUGGUUACAUUCUGAAGCCUGAUGAUCCAACCAGCUGCAAAGCUGUCACAGGUAAUGCCAACUCUUAUGAGCUGCGAUGGUUCCUGAUAUUUGGGGGCGUUCUACACCGCACUGGGCUAAGCAAUCCCGAUGGACUGGCUGUGGACUGGGUGGGUGGAAACCUGUACUGGUGUGACAAGGGAAGGGAUACUAUUGAAGUGUCAAAACUCAACGGGGCUUACCGCACUGUGUUGGUGAACUCAGGACUCCGGGAGCCUCGAGCAUUAGUGGUGGAUGUACAGAAUGGAUAUUUAUACUGGACUGACUGGGGUGACCAUUCCCUGAUUGGCAAGAUAGGCAUGGAUGGUACCAACCGGAGUGUCAUUGUGGAGACUAAGAUCACAUGGCCCAAUGGCCUCACCCUGGACUACAUUAACAGCCGCAUCUACUGGGCCGAUGCUCGAGAGGACUACAUAGAAUUUGCUAGCUUGGAUGGUUCUAACCGCCACAUUGUGCUGAACCAAGAUAUCCCCCAUAUCUUUGCCUUAACCCUCUUUGAAGAUUACAUUUAUUGGACUGACUGGGAGACCAAAUCCAUCAACCGAGCCCACAAAACCACGGGGGCCAAUAAGUCUGUGCUGAUCAGCACUCUGCAUCGGCCCAUGGAUAUCCACAUCUACCACUCUUACAGGCAGCCAGAUGUUCCUAACCAUCCUUGUAAAAUCAACAAUGGCGGCUGCAGCAACCUGUGCCUGCUGUCACCAGGAGGGACCUUCAAGUGUGCAUGCCCUACCAACUUCUAUCUGGGUGGUGAUGGUAAAACCUGCAUCUCCAAUUGCACUGCUAGUCAGUUUGUGUGCAAGAAUGACAAAUGCAUCCCUUUCUGGUGGAAAUGUGACACCGAGGACGAUUGUGGGGAUCGUUCGGAUGAGCCGGAGGAUUGCCCUGAAUUCAAGUGUCGCCCAGGGCAAUUCCAGUGCUCUACAGGAAUCUGCACCAACCCAGCCUUCAUUUGUGAUGGGGACAACGACUGUCAGGACAACUCAGAUGAAGCAAACUGUGAAGUCCAUGUCUGCCUGCCCAGCCAGUUCAAAUGCACAAACACCAACCGUUGCAUCCCAGGCAUCUUCCGUUGCAACGGGCAGGACAACUGUGGUGACGGAGAAGAUGAGAAGGAUUGCCCGGAGGUGACUUGUGCUCCAAACCAGUUCCAGUGUGCCAUUACCAAACGCUGCAUCCCACGAGUUUGGGUUUGUGACCGUGACAAUGACUGCGUGGACGGAUCCGAUGAGCCUGCCAACUGCACACAAAUGAGAUGUGGUCUGGAUGAGUUCCGGUGCAAGGAUUCUGGCCGAUGUAUUCCAGCGCGUUGGAAAUGUGAUGGCGAGGAUGAUUGUGGGGAUGGUUCAGAUGAGCCCAAGGAGGAAUGUGAUGAACGGACUUGUGAGCCCUACCAGUUCCGCUGCAGGAACAACCGCUGUGUUCCAGGCCGCUGGCAAUGUGACUAUGACAACGACUGUGGGGAUAACUCGGAUGAGGAAACCUGUAAGCCCAGGCCUUGCUCCGAAAGUGAGUUCUCUUGUGCCAAUGGCCGUUGCAUCGCAGGCCGUUGGAAGUGUGAUGGUGACCAUGAUUGUGCUGAUGGCUCUGAUGAGAAAGAAUGCAAGCCACGCUGUGAACAAGACCAGUUCCACUGCAAGAGUGGCCACUGCAUCCCACUGCGAUGGCGUUGUGAUGCCGAUGCCGAUUGCAUGGAUGGCAGUGAUGAGGAAGACUGUGGCACAAGAGUACGGACUUGCCCUCUUGAUGAGUUCCAGUGUAACAACACUCUGUGCAAGCCACUGGCCUGGAAAUGUGAUGGUGAGGAUGACUGUGGUGACAAUUCUGAUGAAAAUCCCGAAGAAUGCUUGAAAUUCCAGUGUCCUCCCAACAGACCCUUCCGUUGCAAGAACGACCGUGUGUGUCUGUGGAUUGGCCGCCAGUGUGAUGGGAUUGACAACUGUGGUGAUGGCACCGAUGAGCAGUUCUGUGAUUCACCAACCACCAGGCCUAGGAGCUGCAGCCACGAGAAGAAUGAGUUCCUGUGCACCAAUGGGAAAUGUAUCAGUGCUGAGCAUCGCUGCAACUUUUUUGAUGACUGUGGAGAUGGGUCCGAUGAAGACAAUUGCUUGCAGGAUCCCAAGACGUAUGGCUGUCAUACCAAUGUAACCAUGUGUGGCGAUGAAGCCAAAUGUAUCCAGAGCUCCUCAUCUGUUUACUGCACCUGCCGCAGUGGCUUUCAGAAAGUGCCAGGCAAGAAUUUCUGCCAAGACAUCAACGAAUGCCUGAACUUCAGGGUUUGCAGUCAUCUCUGCAACAACACCAAGGGCUCCUAUAUGUGCACUUGUGCCAAGAACUUCCAGAAGACCCAUAAUAUGUGCAAGGCUGAAGGCUCUGAGUAUCAGAUACUUUACAUUGCUGAUGACAACAAGAUCCGCAGCAUGUAUCCCUUCAACCCGAACUCGGCCUACGAACCUGCCUUCCAAGGCGAUGAGACUGUCCGUAUUGCUGCCAUGGAUGUGUACGUGAAGGGUAACAAGAUAUACUGGACUAACUGGCACACGGGACGCAUAUCCUGCCGGGAUCUCCCCUCCUCAGCCGGUUCUAGUGCCUCCAAUCGUAACCGGCGGCAGAUUGAUGGCGGGGUCACCCAUCUAAAUAUCUCAGGGUUGAAGAUGCCACGGGGUAUUGCCGUGGAUUGGGUGGCCGGGAACAUUUAUUGGACGGACUCGGGGCGUGACGUCAUUGAAGUAGCACAGAUGAAGGGGGAGAAUCGCAAGACACUGAUCUCGGGCAUGAUUGACGAGCCACAUGCAAUCGUCGUGGACCCGCUUCGAGGCGUCAUGUACUGGUCAGACUGGGGGAACCACCCUAAAAUUGAAACCGCUGCCAUGGAUGGGACCUUAAGAGAGACGCUUGUCCAGGACAAUAUCCAGUGGCCUACUGGUCUGGCUGUUGAUUACCACAAUGAGCGUCUGUACUGGGCAGACGCCAAGCUGUCGGUCAUUGGCAGCAUCAGGCUCAAUGGCACUGACCCAGUGGUGGCCAUCGACAGCAAGAAAGGACUCAGCCACCCCUUCAGCAUUGACAUUUUUGAAGACUACAUUUAUGGUGUCACUUACAUCAACAAUCGCAUCUUCAAGAUCCACAAGUUUGGCCACGGCACUGUCACCAAUCUUACCGCUGGACUAAAUCAUGCCACCGAUGUGGUACUCUAUCACCAGUAUAAACAGCCAGAUGUGACCAACCCUUGUGACAGGAAGAAGUGUGAAUGGCUCUGCCUCCUAAGCCCAAGCGGUCCCGUGUGUACCUGCCCCAAUGGCAGAAGGUUGGACAAUGGCAUAUGCGUGCUUGUUCCUUCACCUAGUGUCUCACCUGUUGUUCCAGCCACUGACACUUGCGAUCUCGUUUGCCUCAAUGGUGGCAGCUGUUUCCUCAAUGCACACAAGCAGCCCAAGUGCCGUUGCCAGCCACGUUACAUCGGGGACAAGUGCCAGUAUGACCAGUGCUCCAGCUAUUGCCAGAACGGAGGCACUUGUGCUGCAUCUUUAUCUGGGAUGCCGACAUGCCGUUGCCCCAAUGGCUUCACUGGUUCUCAGUGUAACAAGCCGGUGUGCAUGGAUUACUGCCUUAACAACGGCAGUUGUACAGUCAACCAGGGCAACCAGCCAAACUGCCGCUGCCCAGACAGUUACGUUGGUGACAAGUGCCAGUUUCGCCUUUGUUCAAACUACUGUGAAAAUAAUGGCGUGUGCCAUUUGACAGCCUCUGGGACUCAGCAGUGUCGCUGCACAACAAAUUAUUACGGUGACCGCUGCCAGCAUGACAAGUGUGACCGCUGCCUCAAGGGCAAAUGCUCCAUCAACAAGCAGACCGGCAAUGUCACCUGCAUCUGCCCUGAUGGCAAGAUGGCCCCCAGCUGUUUGACUUGCAACAACUACUGCAUGAACGGCGGGACAUGCACUAUGAAUGCUGAAACCUCUAUGCCAGAGUGCCAGUGUAUUUUGGAGAUGACUGGGGAGCGUUGUGAGGAAUCUAUGAACAGUGGGCAACAAAGCAGCCGAACCGUCUCUAUUGUCAUUCCAAUUCUGCUGCUGCUCCUCCUAAUGUUAGUGGCUGGUGCUGUGGUUUGGUACAAAAAACGGAUUAAAGGGGCCAAAGGUUUUCAGCACCAGCGCAUGACCAACGGAGCCAUGAACGUGGAGAUUGGCAAUCCCACCUACAAGAUGUACGAGGGGGACCCCGACGCAGAUGAUGUAGGGGAGCUGCUAGAUGCCGACUUCGCUCUGGACCCCGAUAAGCCCACAAACUUCACAAACCCAGUGUACGCCACACUCUACAUGGGCGCCCAUAACAGCCGCAAUUCACUAGCCAGCACAGACGAAAAGCGGGAGCUGCUGUCGAGAGGUGCAGAUGAUGACCUUGGCAACCCCCUGGCAUAAGGAAUAGGGGAAUGGGCCAUCAGCCCAAGACAGAGACCAGAUGGAAAGAGACCAGAUGGGGAGGGAGCAAGAGAUACUGUAUAAAUGUACAAAUGAAGGAUUAUUACUUUUAUAUGUGAGCAGUAUUAUUACCUGUAUAUUCCCUUUCAUCUACCAGCCGCUGAAUCUCUUGUCACUGGACUUGGGGAAGGGGGGUUUGAUUGAUGUUAAGGCAAUGUAGGGAAUAGGGGGAGAAUUGUAAGAAGACCCCACUUUAGGUUAAAGGGCUGGAUCUUUUUGCUUGCUGCACAAAACAAUCCACUUCUGCUUCUUCUUCUGCAGGCAGCUUUAGGUUGCUAGCCUUUUAAAAGUUUGGCAAUAGUUUCCCACCCUUCUCAGGAUGCUGUUGACGAAUCCAGGGACAUGUUUGGGGAAGACUUUCUCUUGCCAGAAGUCGGAGAUGAACCAUAUUGAAAAGUGCAUGUUUGAAACCUGUAGGGAAGGGGGAACGUCUUCCUUCCUUCUCAUGCACACUGAAACUUGGUUUCGCUGAAUGUGGAUCCCAAUAUGAUCCCAAUGUUGACAAUGGCUCAAUGUAGGUUUGUCGGACAAGAGGUACCCAUGACAGGCACACCAGUGAUCCUUUAAAUCUGGGGCACUGGGGGAGGGAACCAUGAUUUUAAGUUUGCUCAUUUUCAUUUGCCCCUAAUGUGCAAGGCAACUUGAACGUUACUUUCUCCCCUCCCUUCGCAGAUUGAUCCAUUUGGGGAAGAAAAUGGGGAGUGGGUCAGUAGCUGCACAUCCAUCACAAACUUUUGGGUUGGGAAAAUCCCAGAGUAACCUGUGGAUGUAACCUACUUUAUGCGAACAAAUUCUUGUAAAAAACAAAACAAAAACCAAGCCUUAUAUCAGAAUGUCUUAAGGAGCAGAGUUCUCUGCAGUGCGCAGACGUGGCAAUAGCUUAUCCUGGCCUGCUUCUCCUUCCCUUUCGUGCAGCUGUUCCAUUUGCUCAGUGAGCAAAAGGAGCUGACUCUUAAUUUGACCAUUUGUCAUUAAAAAGAGAAGAAAAACUCCAAACCAACCUUUCAACGUUCCCUGUGUUCCAUCAGGCCCUUGCAGAUCACCCGAAAGUCCACAAAAGGCCCUUUUGGCUACCUAAGAAUUGAAUUAAAGAACCACUGGUGUAAAUGUUCUUCCCAUCAAGUGCAUUCUUAUUCUUUUUUCCCCCCAGCAGUUUUUCCUCUGUAUUUCCAACAAUGGCCUUUUCUCUCUCAGCACCCAGCCAGUCUAAUCUUCUCUUUGCAACGCCUUAAUCAUUUUUUUUCUACCAGUAUGAUUUUAAUCUACUCUUAUCCCAUCAGCCACCAACCAAACUGGUUUUCUCGUAUCUUUUCACCUCUCCACUAAUUUUUUUCCCCCAAAAAGCAUUUUAUUUCCAGAAAUCGUAUUCUUUUUGGAGAAUUAUUACUUUGACUGUAUCUCACUUUAUUUUAGUGUCUGUGUCUUAAGACUAAGCAGAGUUUACAAAUUGUGAAUUGCAACAAAGGUCCCAUUUCUUCCCCCCUUUUCUGACCUUCCCCCCUCCUCCCUCCAUCACCACAAUUUCCAUCAUUCCUAUUUCGGGAAAGAGGUUCAAAUGUUAUUUCAACUUUCAUUUCUUUCCAACCUGUUUUUUUUUUU